ACUCUCUCUCUCGCUCUCUCUCUCUCUAUAUAUAUAUGCGCAUUUAGUGGAAAGAGCACAUCAACGAUUGUACAAAUGAUCUUCGAAGCUUUUGGUACGUAACGAUUCAGGUUGAUCGACAGCGAAGCGAAUUAAUGGCGCUGUUUAGAUGCAAUGCUUGCCCCCCCCCCCCCCCCCUCUCUCUCUCUCUCUCCCCCUUGUAUUCACAGGCACUCGCGGGGAUCAUCAUCUGAGACUUCGCAACUCCUUUACUCCGCCUAUCACCCUACAUUCAAUUCCUUGGAAAUCAUGUUCUUUUGCCGCUGAAUUUCCUCUUUCUCGCUCUCGCUGUCGAUUGGAGCUACCUAUAUCGUCCUAUAAACAGGUAAUGAAUCGGCAUUUCAAUUUUGAGCUGUUAUGAGCCAAAACAAAUGAAAUAUAUUUUAAAAUUGAGCUGACUUAGCAUUU